UUUUAGCAUUUCUUCUUUAGAGAAUCCUUUUAUGAUAAAAACUUGAAAAAGACUAUUUAGGAGAAUUUUCCUAUUUUUAAAGUUCAAAUAAAUGUCAAAAGGAAUUUCAAAUAAAUAAAAUAACUUUAGUUGAACGGAAAAAGAAUACCAUGAUAUCUGUGGUCCAGAUCCCCGAACCUUAGUUAGACAGUAUAAAUAUAACAUUGCAAAGUCUAAAGAAUAGUUCAUCAAAGUUUUGAACUCUUUAUUAUAGUCAUUAGAAAAAGCAAAAAGUUUAUAAUGAAAACACAGUCACAGCUUCUUGAAGCCCGUCGCUCUGCAAACUAUCGACCGUCUCUUUGGGAACACGAGAAUCUCCUCUCGCUCGGGAACAAAUAUGCGAAAGAGGACAACAUCGAGAGAGCUAAGUUAUUGAAGCAAGAAGUUAGUAAAAUGCUUGAUGAAACAGAGGGUUUGCUUGAACAGCUAGAGCUCGUUGACACUUUACAAAGACUCGGAAUUUCUUACCGUUUCGAACGUGAAAUCAAGAAGAUUCUAACGAAUGUUCACCUAAAGAAUAUUGUGGCGCACAGAAAGAGGGUAGAUCGGAAGAGAUCUGAAUCCUUAUAUGCGACUGCCCUUGAGUUCCGACUCCUAAGGCAACAUGGCUUUAAUAUCGCACAAGAUGUUUUUGACUGCAAUUUUGGAUAUGGUUUGGAUGAUGAAGACAUCAAGAGUGUUCUUUCACUAUAUGAAGCUUCAUAUCUCUCGACUAGAUUCGAUACUAAAUUGAAAGAGACCAUAUACUAUACAACAACACGACUUAAAAAGUUCGUGGAAAUGAAGAGCAAUGAGACCACAUCUUAUGUUCGAAAGAUGGUGAUACGUGCGCUAGAAAUGCCAUACCAUCGGAGAGUUCAAAGACUAGAAGCAAGAUGGUACAUAGACGUGUAUGGCGAGACACCCGACAUGAACUCUAACUUACUAGAAUUGGCGAAACUUGAUUUCAAUUUCGUACAAGUUAUCCAUCAAGACGAGCUCAAAUCUCUCUCUAGCUGGUGGAGCAAGACGGGAUUAACCAAAACCCUUGAUUUUGUAAGAGAUCGAAUAACGGAGAGCUAUUUCUCAAGUGUUGGAGUAAUCUGUGAGCCUGAGUUUGCAUAUCAUCGACAAAUGCUUACAAAAGUUUUCAUGCUUAUUACCACUAUCGACGAUAUAUAUGAUAUAUAUGGGACACUGGAGGAGCUCCAACUAUUCACAGCCAUUGUUGAAAAAUGGGAUGUGAAUCGUCUGGAAGAACUUCCCAAGUACAUGAAGUUGUGCUUUCUAUGCCUCAUCAACGAAAUCAAUCAGAUUGGAUAUCUGAUUCUAAGAGACAAAGGAUUUAAUGUGAUUCCUUACCUCAAAAAAUCCUGGGCAGAUAUGUGUAAAACGUUUUUAAAAGAGGCAAAGUGGUACAAAAGUGGUUACAAACCUAACCUCGAAGAGUACAUGGAAAAUGGUUGGCUCUCAAGUUCUGUCCCUACAAUACUUAUCCACUUGUUAUGCCUCUUCCCCGACCAAAAUCUAGACAUUCUUGUCUCCUACCACCACCAUGCUAUUCGAAACUCUGCCACAAUCCUCCGUCUCGCUAACGAUCUCGCCACUUCUUCGGAGGAAUUGGCGAGAGGCGACAAUAUGAAGUCCGUACAAUGUCAUAUGCAUGAAACGGGAUCUCCAGAGGCAGAGUCACGUGCGUACAUUCGAGAAAUGAUCGGUGUGGCAUAAAGAAAGAGUUGUUGGCUGCAUCAAGGUUUCGUAGAAGCGGCAGCUAACCUUGGACGCGUGGCUCAGUGCGUUUAUCAGUACGGUGAUGGCUAUGGCUGUCCCGAAAAGGCUAAGACCGCCGAUCAUAUCCGGUCCUUGCUCGUCCACCCUGUCCCACUCGAUUUAUUAGCUAACAACAAUAAUAAUUAAAUCACAAGAAUAAUAUUGGUUUAUUUCAAAAGAGUUGAGACUGCAUAUAUAUAUAUAUAUAUAUAUAUAUAUAUAUAUAUAUAUAUAUAUAUAUAUAUAUAUAUAUAUAUAUAUAUAUAAUCCUCAAAUUGUGAAUUAUCUAGUUUUGCUAAGUAGCUUUUUCAAGAUUAAGAGCUUGUAAAGUACAAUAAUCAGCUCAACCAUUAUUGUAUUUUCUAUUAUCUGUUCUUUUUGCUUCCGAUUGACCACUGUGUAUUCUUUUUUUUUUUUUUGAACA